CAGAAGCUCUCCAAGCGGCCCGGCGAGUAUGGAUGCAUGGUAGAAACGUUAUUCUGCUCUGGCUGUUCAAUGACACUUGGCAACAUCUACAGGUGCACCCCAAAGCAUCUCGACUACAAGAGGGAUUUGUUCUGUUUCAAUAUUGACUCAAUUGAAAGUUACAUUCUAGGAUCCUCAGAAAAGCAAGCUCUUACUAAUGAGGAACCUUUAACUCUUGAAAGUCGAGCUGUCUUGGAAGAGGUGCUACAAAGGGCAGACACUGUAUUGAAGGCUCUGGAGACAAGACUGGCUGCUGUUGAAUCGAGUAUGGCUUCUCUUCACAAUAAAGUCUGA